AUGGAUCUGGGAAUUUCAAUACCAUUGACGCGUUGCCGGUCGUUUUUGGGUAUCGUCUUCCAAAAUGCGACAAACUGUCUGCCCCUACUUAUCCACAAUUCUGCAAGAAAUCCAGUCCUUGCGGAGUGUAGUGUUGAGAUCCACUCCCGCGACAUUCUCGAUCUGCCCGGUCCAGAUGUAUUCAAACUCGUCGUUUCACGUCAAGUGUGCAAGAACAGUUGA